CUAAAGUGUCCCCAUGUGCCCAUGUUGUGAAAGAAAACGUUAGUCAGUGUUGGGUGAUCGAGGUGCCUAAAUAUUUCAUGUGUGAAACUUCAGCAAGGCAGUCAAUAGGAACUCGGAUGGCUUCUGGAGAUAUCGAUCAGCUUACAGAGGCUCUGGCCAAGACUCAUGUUGGGGAAGAGCUCAGUUACAAGGGUCAAGGACUGAAGCUGAAUGAUAAACAGUCAGUGGAAGAGAUCGUGCAGGAGAUAGAACAGUUCCAGGGUCUGAAGGCGUUGCGGCUUGAAGGAAAUACUGUUGGUGUUGAAGCAGCACAGGCCAUCUCAAAGGCUCUCGAGUCCAAAAAGGAUCUGCAGCGAUGUUACUGGAGUGACAUGUUUACGGGUCGCCUUCGCUCUGAAAUUCCAUCUGCCUUGAAUGCACUGGGCAGUGCCUUAAUGAUAUCAGGGGCCAGGCUUACUGAACUGGACUUGAGUGAUAAUGCAUUUGGACCUGAUGGCGUAAAGAGCAUCGAGGCCCUCCUCAAGAGCUCCGUGUGCUACACGCUGAAGGAACUCCGGCUGAAUAAUUGUGGCAUGGGUAUUGGAGGAGGCACAAUCCUGGCUUCUGCACUGACUGACUGCUACAAGCAAUCAAGUGCUGCCGGCUCACCUCUAAAGCUAAAAGUCUUUGUAGCAGGACGUAAUCGACUUGAGAAUGAUGGCGCCACUGCACUUUCCCAAGCGUUUCAGCUGAUUGGAAGCCUCGAGGAGAUUCACAUGCCACAGAAUGGGAUCAACCACCCAGGCAUCACAGCUUUGGCCACUGCAGUGCAACACAAUCCCAAUCUGCAAGUGCUUAACCUCAACGACAAUACCUUUACCAAGAGAGGUGCAGUAGCCAUGGCCCAGGCCCUCAGGCACUUGUCUAAUGUGCAGGUCAUUAAUUUUGGAGACUGUCUGGUGCGCUCCGAAGGUGCCAUUGCCAUAACAGGAGCACUAAGCGGACUGCCUGUUCUUAAGGAGCUGAACCUGUCGUUUGGAGAGAUUUCUGAACCUGCAGCUCUGGUUGUUGCCAGGGCUAUACAGGACAAAGCUGAACUGGAGAAACUAGACCUCAAUGGAAACUGCCUGGGGGAAGACGGCUGUGAAGCUCUCAGAGAGGCCAUGGAAAGUAUGGGCAUGGGGGAUGUGCUUGGCUCGCUCAGUGAUGAUGAAGGGGAAGAGGAGGAGGAGGAGGAAGAAGAAGAGGAGAGAGAUAGUGAAGAUGAGGAUACAGAGGAAAAGGAGGAAGAUGAGAAGAACUGUAUCAAUGGGAUAAAAGAUGAAGAUGAAGGUAAAGGUGAAGGAAGCCCAGCAAAGGUAUCAUUAGGCAAUGCUGACCUCUUAUCCUUCCUUCAGUCCCCAACGUCAGAGAAACUGCUUAAUCUUGGUGCCAAGAGAGCUCUGCUCUUUGAGGAACAAGUGGAUUUUUCAGAUGCUGCUGAAAUUGCAGACAUUUUUCUUCAGCUAUCCUCAGUGUAUGAAGACGAUGCAGAAGUGAAGCGAAUUGUUUUUGAAACUGCUGAUAACCUGUUGAAGAAAGCACUUUCCUGCCCUCAGUUUCAGACCUCUAGUUUUACUUCUUCACUGUUGGUGAAACUGGGGCUUUUAAAGGGUGAGAAGAAGGCCAAGAAAGUGUGCGUCUUGCCUGGUCACCUACUUACUUUGAAGCACUGUGUUGAGCAGGACUACUUUCCUGUGGACCAGGCCAAUGUUCUCGAGGUCUUUGUGUCUCGAAAUGGCAAAGUUUUAGCGUCAUGUCCCAGUGCUAGAGAUGACCUCAAAGCCACACUGGAAAUAAGGAUCUCUGUCUAGGACCCUGUUUUAUCACAGAAAAUUCCUGGACAUACAUGUGGACCAAUGAGGCGACCAGAAUUGGUUCCAGGGACUCAAUCUAUUAUUGUCUGUAUCCAUCCAAGUCACCAGUUAUCUUUGGUUGGAGCAUUUGAAAUUGGACUAUAAUGAAACAAGUCCUUGGAGACUGAAAUGUAUAAAGUACAUUGUGAACCACUGCUUUAUUACAAACAUUUAAUGUUAAGUUAUAUUUAAAAACUUGAGUGGCUUUGAAAUUGUGACUCUACUGAGGUUUUACUUUCAUUCACAGAUUCCAUCUUAGCUAACUGAAUGAAUAACCCUAAUUGCUGUGAAAGAGCUUUUUGAGAUAUAUUUUUGAAGAUGAAUCGUCACUGAUAUUAUGUGUCAUGACAUCAACUGGUGCAGUAAGCACACACCAAGUAACUGAUUUAAGGGGAUUUCUCAAAAAUCCAUUUUAUUUUUCACCUAACUUGUUUAUCGAUUUUCUCAAAUAAUACUAGCAGUAUGCACUUGCUAUUUGGCCCGCAGAAGACUCAAUCUUGAAGAAUGGAACAAAAAUAAAAAUGUUAAUUGUGUGGGGGUUUUUUUGUUUUGUUUUUUUCUACCUGGGGAAAAAUACUUGUAAUUACUUUUUUUUUAAAACAUUGACCUAUUUUCAUACAUAAAAACAAAAACAAUUUAAAAAAGUAUUGGAGGAGGGUUUUGUAGUAACUUUUUUGUUUUCUAGCUCAUGUAGGAAAUGUAAUUUCAGAGGUGUGAUAACACCUAUAUACCGAUUUUUAUUUGAUGUGUCAAAUUUAGUAUGAUGUGAUGGUAGAAUUGAUGUUGAGCAGCUAGUAAAAGGGAACAGAAUAAAAGAUGAAAAACAUACCUCAAUACAAUUUAAAUCUCAUACUUCUGUCUGUAUGAUUAUUAUACUCGGUGUGCUUUAGUGUUUUUGUAUUCACAUUAAACUGAUGAAUUGUUUUCUGA